CAUCAAUGACAAAAUUGGAUGUCAAAUAUAAUUUAAUACUUCCUUAUGUUUACACAAAGUCAAAAGAUGAACACUUUUUCCAAACGGAGGGAGUAUUAUUUAAGGAUAAAACUAUUUGUACCACAUGUUUUUGUACCCCGCAGGCGAUGUCUUUGUUAAUCCCUGUUAGUGCUCAUUUUGGACCUCAAUACUCAGUUUGUUCCGACAUCCGUGAAGCCAUUAAUAAGAUUGAGAAGAAACUGAGUCCUAGUCAAUUAGAAGCAUUUCGCAGCACUCCAAUUGGGAACUUCAUAUGGCUUACGAACCUCCAGUUUUUUGGCCAGAUCAUUCACCACGAUGAAAUAGUUUGGUCUAAGGAUAAGUUCUUAAGCAAGUUUGAUUGGUCUGGCGUUGAAAAGAGACUUAAUGUAUGUGAAGACAGAGUUACAUCAGGUGUAGUGGCGUGGGUUAGCAAUGUAGCUCUAAGGUCAUAUCCCGGGGUUGGGACGGGUGUGGGAGGUUCACGGGGGGGUAAGGUAGUGUCCCAUGUGCGUUUCAGCUCAUGGAACAUAGGGACCCUUACAGGUAAGUCAAUUGAGUUGGUGCAAGUUCUCAAGAGGAGAAGGAUUCAGGUGGCGUGCUUGCAAGAAACCAGGUGGGUGGGCACUAAGGCACGAGAGGUUGAUUGUUUCAAACUGUGGUAUUCAGGUUCAGCUAGGGGAAGGAAUGGAGUCGGCAUUCUGGUGGCGCUGGAGCUGCGGGAGUUUGUGGUGGAGGUGAAGAGGAUUAACGAUCGUCUGAUGUUUAUCAAGCUGGUUUUGGGUGGGUGUGCGAUCAAUGUCGUGAGUGCUUACGCCCCGCAUGUUGGCCUGGAAGACGAAGUAAAGAGGGAGUUUUUGGACGCCUUGGAUGGGGUGGUUGUUGGUUUUCCAUUGACUGAGAAAGUCGUCAUUGGAGGCGACUUCAAUGGCCAUAUUGGAGAAUCAGCCGAUGGCUUCGAGGACGUGCACGGUGGUUUUGGCUUUGGCAGCAGGAACCCAACGGGAGUUUCACUCUUGGAGUUUGCCAGAGCGAGUGAUAUGGUGGUUGCUAACUCUUGUUUCCCUAAACGAGACGACCAUUUGGCUAAUUUUAAGGUGGAAGCUAAGAAGGUGGCGUAUUUGAGGUACAUGGGCUGCAAUGUUGAGGAGGACAGAGCGGCGUUACGAGUGGAGUACAAGAAAGCACGUAAAGAAGCUAAGUUAGAGGUAACGAGGGCAAAGAAUGCCGCUUUUGAACGCCUCUGCAAGGAUAUUGAGGAGAGAGGCAAUGUUAAUCCACUGUUCCGGCUUGCUAUGGUGCGCGAGAGGAAGGCCCGAGAUCUGGAUCACGUGAGAUGCGUGAAGGGCGGCGAUGGUAGAGUGUUAGUUGAGACUGCCAAGCCCGGGGCGUCUCGUGUGUAUUGCCGACGCAUUUGCCUGGAAGAGGUGGUUUGGGCUCUUCGCGGGAUGCGUAGUGGGAGAGCUUUGGGACCAGAUGAGAUUCCGGUGGAGUUUUGGAAGCAUGCGGGUCGUGGUGCGUGGGUUUGGUUAACCAAACUCUUCAAUGUUAUCCUCCGGACAGCUAGGAUGCCUGAUGAGUGGAGGGAGAGUCUCUUGGUCCCUCUGUUUAAAGGCAAAGGUGACAUUCAAAGCUGCGAGAAUUACAGAGGCAUCAAACUGCUUAGCCACACCAUGAAGGUUUGGGAGCGAAUCAUUGAGUGUAGGGUGCGGAAAGGGGUUUGCAUCUCUGAGAACCAGUUUGGUUUCAUGCCUGGCAGAUCGACUAAAGAGGCCAUUCAUCUCGUGAGGAGGUUAAUGGAAGAGUAUAGGGCUAGGAAGAAGGACCUUCAUAUGGUGUUUAUUGACCUUGAGAAGGCGUAUGAUAGGGUGCCUAGGGAGUUCUUAUGGAGGUGCCUUGAGGCGAGAGGAGUUCCCAUCGUGUACACUCGUGCGAUCAAGGAUAUGUACGGUGUUGGAGUUGUGCCCUGAUGGCCAACUAUUUAUCGUUAUUCUAUCAUGUAAAGGUAGAUAUAAUAUGUUUACACAUCUCAUGCUAAUGUAAAAAAAUAUUAUAUUCCUAG